AUGUCCUACAACAGCCACCGCCUAAGAAAACAUCAACGUAUUCACCACAUGGUGAUGGAUGACAGACGUUUAAAUGCUAAUCAGAUAGCUAAUGGGGUCCUACUUCACCAGGACAAUGCUCUUGCACACAAGCCUGUAGUUGCAAUGGCUACUGUGCGCGACUGUAGCUUUGAAUUGGUUGACCACCUACCAUAUUCUCCUUAUUUGGCGCCAUCUGACUAUUUUCUGUUCCCAACAAGAAAAAGACACAUGACUGGGAAGCAAUAUCGGACCGAUAAUGAGGUCGUAUCUGCCGUUGAGGACUUUUUGGAGGGUCAGGAUGAGAACUUCUAUACCACAGGAAUCCAAGCGUUGCAACACCGAUGUAAGAAGUGUAUGGACCGCAGCGGAGACUAUAUCGAAAAAAAAAACACAUUUGGUCAAGUUUGA